GCGUGGGCGGCGGCGGCAGCGGCAGCCAGUGGCACGCCGCGCUGAGCGCCGCUCCCUCCGCCCGGGCGCCCGCCCCGGCCCGCCCCUCCCGGCAGGACUGCGCGCCCCGAGUCCCGUUCCGCGUCCCCGCCGCCGGAGGAGGUGCCCGCACGCUCGCGGCGCGCGCCGGGCCGCCACACUCGGCCUGUGGGCGAUUUCCUCCGGACCCGAGCUCCCCGCCCGAGGAGGAAGAUGCAGACCUUUCUGAAAGGGAAGAGAGUUGGCUACUGGCUGAGCGAGAAGAAAAUCAAGAAGCUGAAUUUCCAGGCCUUCGCCGAGCUGUGCAGGAAGCGGGGGAUAGAAGUCGUGCAGCUGAACCUUAGCCGGCCAAUUGAGGAACAAGGCCCCCUGGACGUCAUCAUCCACAAGCUGACGGAUGUCAUCCUUGAAGCCGACCAGAAUGACAGCCAGUCCCUGGAGCUGGUACACAGGUUCCAGGAAUACAUCGAUGCGCACCCUGAGACCAUUGUCCUGGACCCCCUUCCUGCCAUCAGGACCCUGCUUGACCGCUCCAAGUCCUAUGAACUCAUCCGGAAGAUCGAGGCCUACAUGAAAGAUGACAGGAUCUGCUCGCCACCCUUCAUGGAGCUCACCAGCCUGUGCGGAGACGACACCAUGAGGCUCCUGGAGAAGAACGGCCUGGCAUUCCCCUUCAUUUGCAAAACCAGAGUGGCUCAUGGCACCAACUCUCAUGAGAUGGCCAUCGUGUUCAACCAGGAGGGCCUGAGUGCCAUCCAGCCACCCUGUGUGGUCCAGAACUUCAUCAACCACAACGCUGUUUUGUACAAGGUGUUUGUGGUGGGCGAGUCCUACACCGUGGUCCAGAGGCCCUCGCUGAAGAACUUCUCCGCCGGCACGUCAGGCUCCUCCCCAGGACCGUCUCUCGUGCCCCCCGUCUGGACUGGCUCUGGUCGGAGCGGCGGGAGGACUGUCGGGCACACCGGGGCGGCAAGGGGCCUGUGUGCCCCACUAGCGGGAAGGAUGCCAGACCGCGAGUCCAUCUUCUUCAACAGCCACAACGUGUCAAAGCCGGAGUCUUCAUCGGUCUUGACCGCGCUGGACAAGAUCGAGGGCGUGUUUGAGCGGCCGAGUGACGAGGUCAUCCGGGAGCUGUCCCGGGCCCUUCGGCAGGCACUGGGUGUGUCGCUCUUUGGGAUCGACAUCAUCAUCAAUAACCAGACGGGGCAGCACGCUGUUAUCGACAUCAACGCCUUCCCAGGCUAUGAGGGCGUCAGCGAGUUCUUCACAGACCUCCUGAACCACGUGGCCACCGUCCUGCAGGGCCAGAGUGCAGCCGCGGCAGCCGCUGGGGACGUGGCCCCACUGAGGCACAGCAGGCUCCUGGCGGAGCAGGCGGGCAGCCUGGCGGGCGAGCGGACGUGCAGCGCCAGCCCGGGCUGCUGCAGCAGCAUGAUGGGCCAGGACCCACCCUGGGCGUCGGAGGCCGAUGCGGGCGGCGUGGGCACGGGCAGCACCACCAAGCUGCCCCACCAGAGACUUGGUUGCACCGCGGCGGUAUCUCCCAGCUUCCAGCAGCACUGCGUGGCCUCACUGGCCACUAAGGCCUCCUCCCAGUAGCCACGGAGCCCAGGACCUGGAGGGCGGCACGGGCCGCAGAGUGCACCUGCUGGGCAAGCAGCUCCCAGCAGUGACGCUCCUACUAAGAAUUCCCAGUGAUCUGAUUCUUUUUUUUGUUUUUUAAUUUUUAACCUGAUUUUCUGAUGUCAUGAUCUAAACAAGGGGUGGUGGGGGUGGGGGGAGAUGGAAGAGAACCCCAAGUGGCCCAGCCUCGGGGAAGAUGCCUGAUACCUGCUGUGCAGAUGUCUUCACUGGGUUUACACUUGCUGUGUCUUCAACACUAGGUCUGAAUGUGAGGUGGGGUGUGCGUGUGCACGUGUGGCUGCUGUGCGUGUGCACAUCCACGUCUGUUCGUCUCGAUGGCUGCUGUGGACCAGGCCUAGGGGACCCUGGAGGGGGGCCGUCCCGGGUCAGGCUUUUGGCCACUGAACAGAGUGAGUGAGAGGUUCCUCAUCUCUCGCUUUCCUCCAAGCCCCUCGCACCCAGGCCUGGCCCCCUCACUGUUCCCCUCCUGCUGGCGGCCUCCACGGCUUUGUGAGGAAUGGGGCCUAAAGCCCCAAGCAGGUGUACGGGUGUCCCUCUGAAGAGCCAGAGGAAGCCAGAGGCACACCUACUGUUUCCUUGUGGGGGCUUCGUGCAGGGGGUCUGGGCUGUGGUCCGCCUGUUGCCCACUCACAGAAAGGAAGAAGGAAGCUUCCUGGGGGCGGCUAAGGUCCUGAGUUGGCCUCUACUCUCCACGUCCAGCUCCCUGGAGUCCGCCAGGCCCUUCAACUUGUGUCCCAUGCGGCCCUGCAAGGGGGCCUCCCACCCUGGCCAAGCGCCGCUCCCCAGGACCCCGGAGGAGGCUGCCUGGUCAGGAACCCUCGGGCUGAUCUUGCGUGUGCCAAGGAUUUGUGCCGUGACUGUGGACAGAUCAUCCCAGGAGUUGCUGGGCCUCCGUGUCCUUGUCUCUGAUGAGCCGUUGAGACCAGAGACCUCUGAAGGGCAGGCUUGGUGCCCUACACCCUGCGGUGCAGUCUGCCUCUCUGAGAAGUCAGCCCGAUGAGCCUCCCCUCGGCCUCGAGGUGAUUUGGGGCCUCUUCCCCCGGCCAGGUGGGUGGGUGGGGGGGUGCUGCCUGUACGCUUCACAUCUUUUCGCACCGCCCAGCAGGCCCGCCCCACCCUUCCUGCACUCACUGCAAGCCCCAAGCACAGAGCCAGCCAAGUGUGAGGGGAACUGCAGCCCCAGAGGUGAGGAAGCAGUUACCCCUCCUCCGUGAGAGUCCCCCCCAGCCCCUGACGGCAGCUUACACCACCGGCUGACCACUCCGCUCCCGCGGUGCAGGCGGGCAGACCGCCCCGCCCCUCUGCAAAGAAGGGGGCCGGUGAGGGGCUUUGCCAGUCCUGGGACAACGUGAACCUGGGCAAAAUGCAUAGGACCCCCUGAGCAUGAUCUUGUGUCCUGAGACAUCCAUUCACGUUGAGAAAGUGGGAAAGGCGUCCAGGCUGUCGUGCACGGUCCAAUGAGGAUGGCCCGAGAGAGGCUGCUGAACUGGGCACUCAGAGGUACCUUCGGGCCCGGCUCAGCAGGGGCGUGGGGGUCACCCACCUUUGGGAAAGGAAGGACUGGGUGGGGGCCGCCCUCAAGCUGCACUGGGCCUAGGGCGAGGACAGGUGCUGUUGGGACUGCCCGGCUGCCCUGGAAAGGAGGGCCCACCGACUAACUGCGUUUACACGACUUGAGUGUUGAACCCCGAUUAUAAUGUCUGUACAGCGCCUUUCCUAGUCCAUCCCUGAGCCCCGGGGAAGCAGGAAAGCGUGGCUGGCCUCUUGCACUGCUUUGUCUCCAAAAUAAACUACUGAAAUCGAACUGCAUUUCACAUGUGUUUACAAAUGCUGUUGAAAGUUCAUGCCAUUCUCCUGGUCUCUUAAUAAAACAGCUUUACCUUCUUAAAUGAAA